CAUGUGACGGGACGUCGUCAAAGUUUACAAAAUGAAACCAGCUCGCGCUUUUUAAAUACAUAUCGUCACAGCUCGUGAGCCGCAGUCUACGAUGCUUAUCCUGGGAACUUUAGCAACGUCAGUCCGGUAAAAACUUUAGCACGGUAACAUUAACAGCGUUAGCCCGGUAACGUUAACUGUUUGUAGCCUGGCGUCCGGUAACGUCAGUGUGAUACCUCUCCUCCGGUUCGGUACCAUGGAGCAGGCGGACAGCGUUAACGCAGACGCGGCGCAGCGCUCUGACAGUAACGGCAGCUGCUCAAAAUGGCGGAACUGGACUGGAUUCUGGCUCCUCGGGUUGUGCAACAACUUUGCCUAUGUGGUAAUGCUGAGCGCCGCACACGACAUCCUCAAAAAGCAAGAGUCAGCGAACGCCACCUCACCUACUCCAUCCCCGCUGACUGUGGAUGUCCAGGCUGGGAACAGCAGCAGCAGCCCCUACGACUGUAACCCUGUUUCUGCUCAGGCUGUGCUGUUAGCGGACAUCCUCCCAACGCUCAUCAUCAAGCUGGUGGCUCCCUGUGUCAUCCACAAACUGCCUUAUGGUUUCCGGGUGUUGUUCUGCGCCCUGAUGGCAGCCACAAGUUUCCUCCUGGUGUCCUUCUCCUCAGCGAUUUGGAUGAGCAUUCUGGGUAAAUUCUGUUCUUAUUAUUUUGAGUCACAGCUCUUAUCGUUGUGUAGUGGAACAUCUGAUAACGGAGUAUCAGAAAGAGUCAGCUUGGUUUCAGCUAAUCUUAUCUGAACGGGUGCUGCUGCGACGAUUCCACUGAAAUGUGAUACUUUAAUAGUUUUAUCAUGAAAUAUGGAUCAGCAUGCCUGAUAAUAACUAAGUGUGUGUAUGUGCAUACACAUUUCCUUCUAAUAUCUGUUGCAAAGAAGUUUAAGAGAAGGAGGCAAAUUAAUCUAAAUGAGUGUUGAGUUACAACACUCAUUUAGAACAUGAUGUGGAGGAAAUAUUUGAUUGAACUGCCUUAUUUCUUAUAUUGUUAUUAUAUAGUUCAAAAUAAAAAUAUUUGCUCUAGAGGAUUCAUUUGCAGAAAAUGAAAACUGCUCAAAAGAACAAUAAUCAGGCUGCCAGAUGGCUGAACCCAUCAGGCAAUGUCAUCCCCUCUAUCUCCCCAUUUCACCUCUGUAU